AUGCACGCCCACAGCCUGCUGUUGUUCCUCCUGCAAGUCUGGUGGGCUCUCCUCCAGGCGGGCGCCACGAUGGUAGCCCCGGUGCCCCUUCGAACGUGGGGGCAGCCCUCGUCGCCAUCCCCUCUUGCUUAUAUGCUGAGCCUGUACCGCGAGCCGCUGCUCCGGGCGGACAUCAUACGUAGCCUGCAGGCGCAAGAUGUGGAGGUGGACGGGCAGAACUGGACCUUUGCUUUCGACUUCUCCUUCCUGGGCCAAGAAGAGGAUCUGGCAUGGGCCGAGCUCCGGCUGCAGCUGUCCAGCCCUGUGGCCCUUACUCCUGAUGUCCCACUCUCAAUUGAGAUUUUCCACCAGCCAAAGCUGAAUGAGGAUAAGGACCCACCCAACUGCCCAGAACGUCUUCGAAUGGACCUGUUCACUGUCACUCUGUCCCAGGUUACCUUUUCCUCAGGCAGCAUGGUCCUAGAGGUGACCAGGCCACUCUCCAAGUGGCUGAAGCACCCUGGGGAGCUGAGGGAGCAGAUGUCCAGUUUGGCUGGAGAGUGCUGGCGGUGGCCCCCCACAUCACCUGUCACCAAUGUGCUCCUCAUGCUCUAUUCCAACCUCUCCCUGGAGCGGAAGCGGCUGGGUGGCUCCACCCUAUUGUGGGAAGCUGAGAGCUCCUGGCGGGUCCAGGAGGGACAGCUCUCCCGGGAGAGGGCCAGGAGGCACCGUCGAUAUCACUUGCAGGACAGAAACCAACUGUGUCGGAAGGUCAAGUUCCAGGUGGACUUCAACCUGAUCGGAUGGGGCUCCUGGAUCAUCUACCCCAAGCAGUACAAUGCCUAUCGCUGUGAGGGCGAGUGUCCUAACCCCGUGGGGGAAGAGUUCCAUCCAACCAACCACGCAUACAUCCAGAGUCUGCUGAAACGGUACCAACCCCACCGAGUCCCUUCCACCUGCUGUGCCCCAGUGAAGACCAAGCCCUUGAGUAUGCUGUACGUGGACAAUGGCCGAGUCCUUCUAGACCAUCAUAAAGACAUGAUUGUGGAAGAAUGUGGGUGCCUUUGA